UUUCCCCCCAAUGUGGGGUUGUCCUCGUCGCCGCGCUACGCGGAGCUUCAGGCGACACUCCAGCGAAAGCAAGUCAUCCUCGAGCACCUGUCCAACAAGCCAGCUAUUUGUCUGCAUCAGCGUCGAACUCCGAGCCAGUUUUAUCUUUAACUACACCUGACUCGAUUGCGGAUUUUCUGUCGAUUCCUUGAGCGGAUACUUUGUCGCCCGCCAUGGCCGACAAGAUCCCAGCGGCCCUCCGGCAGGCCGACAUCAACCUUUGGAAAUGCGCGACAAAGGCAGGGCAGCUCCAGUUGGUGAAGCCCAUAAUUACCUAUUGGUGCGAAUACUGGGUGGUCAACCAAAUACUUGCGAAACAACUACAUAAUUCCGACGAUGAAAUCAUGCAGUACACGAUCAACUUGAUGGACAAGCUGGAGCAGACGAAAGCCGAGUACGGAAACGAAGCUGCCAUCUUGGAUGACGCGGCUGGGCAGGCAUACGUCGAGCAAUUCGCACAGGAAACGUUGGAUCGCGCGGAGCGUGUUGUAAAGGCGAACAAAGUCACGCAACAAACGGCGACGACUUUCGACGCGGCUGCUACCUUCUUUCAUUUGGUCAACAUCUGGGGGACGCCGGAUCAGGAGACGCAGCAGAAGAUCAAGUACGCAAAAUGGAAUGCCGCUCGUAUAGCCAAGGCGAUAAAGGACGGCAAAGACCCCAACGAGUCGAACCCAAAGCAUGAGGAGCCUCAACAGCCAGCACUGGAUCUAAGCGAUCCAGAGGUGCAGAUGCUGGGCAGGUCUUCGCCGGCCGUAGCACCGCGGCCAGCAACAGUAGAAGAGGUGCCAGAUGUGGACUUGCGGAGGGAUGCUGCUGGUGUGUCUCUGCCACACAGUCCAGUUUCGGCCGGGCCUUCUCCACCCUCUGAUGGCGAGCUCCGGCUGCCCGGGGUACCUACCGAACUCGGCCCUCCUGCAUCGCACGCCGGGUACUUUGACACCGAGUCCAUGCCAUCACCCAUAUCGCCGCCGAUACACGACUCGCACGGCUACCAGUCUGCACCUGAUCUGCCACCACCUGCCGGAUGGGCGCCACGCCAGCCCAGUCCCGAUAUCCCUCCUCCGCCCCGGGCGGCAUGGUCGCAGGCCCCCGGCGCUCCGCCUCCGCAAACUGGAUGGACACCAAACCCUGUCACCUACCAGCCCCCGGCCCCUCCAACUGCGCCCCCGACGUUUGCCAUGAGCCCUCCAUCAACGGCGGCGGUGGCAUCGCCGCCUGUCAACCCCCCUACCGACCCGUACUAUAUGAACAUGACUCCAACGGCGCACACUUCAAGGCCAGUUGCUCCUCCCGUGGCUCAACCUGCACGAUAUGCACCAGUUCAGCCUGCGGCAACCGUUACUAUUGACGAGGCGGCGAUGGUCGGCGCGCAAAAGCAUGCCAAAUGGGCCAUUUCAGCACUCAACUUUGAGGACGUGUCAACUGCUGUGAAGGAACUUCGAAAAGCGCUGGAAAUGUUGGGUGCGGCUUAACUUGAAGGUCAAAGGCAGGUUGCCAUGCAACGUGAUGUGGCUGCAAUCCGUGAGACACUCCGAGUUUCAGGGUGGUUGUGACGUAUCUUGGAAA